AGUAUGUAUCAAUGGCUGCGACACAGAAAAUUCAGAAAGUGCAGCCUCUCUUAGUCCGAUUGGAGAAGAACAAAAAUGACUACUUUCCGCAGGCGGUCUCCUUCGGUCCGUACCACCACGGCGAACCGGAGCUCGCUUUCUUCGAGGCCUUGAAGCCGAAGGCCGUCGAGUUGUUCAUAUCAGGCGGCCCAGAAGGAUACGAUGAGUCGUUCUACCACAAAAAAAUUGUUGGCAUCAUCGGUGAAAUACGAGACUGCUACGACGAAACCACGAUUGGCAACGAUGAGCUAGCCGCGAUGAUGCUCCGGGAUGCCUCGUUGAUGAUAAUCUUCAUGGAGAUGUACAUUGACGGAAAUGCAGAGCAGCCAGAUGAGACGACGAUGGACAAGAUUAGAGGCAUUGUGGAUCUUUUUGGCAUAUUGCCAAUGACGAUUUUGUGGCGUGACUUGUUUCUGCUUCAGAAUCAGAUCCCUUUAGUCGUGGUGGAGGUUUUGAUGGAUUUAAGAUGCGGGGAAGGUGAGGGCGAAUACCAAAACUUGCUUAACAGGUUCUUGAAUAUGAGCAUCUUCGGAGAGUAUAGCAAGAAAAGAAAACUGUCUAGGAAGCCUCAGCACCUCCUCGAAGCCGUUCACAUGCUGCUCGUCUUCGACUUUAAAGAUGAGAGUGGCGAUGCUCCAACUUGCUGCAAAUUGCCCAAAGUUAAGAAAGCUGAUCUAGAAAACGGUGGUGCAGAAACUAAAACUACUCAUUCUCAUGGUAUAAUCCAUCGUCUUCUAAACUCUUGGGCUUGCAAGAACCAAGGAGCAGCCAACAAAAGCAAGUUCAAAAACAUCAAAAACAUGUUUCAUUCGUUUCGUUCGGUGACAGAGCUUAAGGCAAAGGGCAUCCAUUUCAAACCAAGCCCAACCCAAUCUUUGAUGGAUGUCAACUUCAAAUCCAACUUCUUCUACGCCACACUCCAACUCCCCGUGUGGGUCGUCUCCACCGACGACAAGGUCAUCUUGAUGAACUUGAUCGCCUACGAACUCAGCCCUAACAGCCGGGCCAACGGGGAGGUGGCGUCGUACAUCAGCUUCAUGAAGGCGCUCAUGGAGAGGCCGGAAGACGUGAAGGAGCUGCGAGAGAAGAGAAUCUUCAUCAGCACGCUUGGCAGCGACCAAGAGGUUUUCAACAUCUUCAAAGAUAUCAAUACACACGGCUUCUUUAAUCCCAUGAUUUUUGGUGCAGUGGAAGACAAGAUCCAAGCACAUUAUAACAGCAAUAUCAAGACAUGGAUGGCUGAGCUCAUCCACAAUAAUUUUCGAUCUCCCUGGACCGUGGCUGCAUUUUUUGCUGCCGUCGCAUAUCUUGCGAUAUCUGUCGGCCAGCUCUACUACGCCAUGUAUCCUCCAACUCAAGAUUGAUCACCAUCUGUUUCAACUGUGUGUACCAAUUAAUAGUAGAAAACAAAAUAUUGGCUUUGGCCCCCAACUUAAUUAAUGCAAUAAACGUUACCCAA